UAGUUGAUUAAUGGUAGUUUAGUGACGUGUUGAUACCGGCCGAAAAUUUAAUGCAUUGACAUAAAUAUUGCUUGUAGAUCAGAUUUUAAUGCAUUGAAAUAAAGCAGUUCUGUAUGUUAAACAAACUUUGAUUAUGGCUAGUUUAACGAAAAAUAGACGAACUACUUUAGAACGUAUUGAGAAAUUUAUAUCUCCUUUAUAUUUUACUGACAUCAAUAUUUACGGUCGACAGUAUCCGCAGAAAACAAGUUUGCCGACUUUGCUGCAUUUUGAUUCAAAUGGCAGAGUUCCAUUCAAAGAAGCUAUGGAGAUUGGUAAUUUCACACCCACUAAAGUGGGAUCAUCAUUUGGACCAACAUGGACCACUCAUUGGUUUAAGGUACGAAUCGAUAUUCCUGAAAGUUGGUUGGGAAAGGAAGUACAUUUAAGAUGGAAUGCACGCUGUGAGAGCAUGAUAUGGACAUCUGAUGGAAUACCAUUGCAAGGAUUAAAUGGAUCUGAUCGACAAAGUUUCAUUGUUUGUAAAAAUGCAACAUUAGAAGAUCUUCGGCAAACCUUUUAUAUUGAGAUGGCUUGUAACACUCUAUUAGGCAGUGGAUCUCCUACUAUGAUAUCUCCUCCUGAUCGUAAGAGAUAUUUUACGUUGGAAAUGGCUGACAUUGCAUGUUUUGAUAGACAGGUUUAUGACUUGGUAAUGGAUUUUGAAGUGCUGUAUGGAAUAGCAAAACAUUUACCUGCAGAAUCUGUUCGUAGUUAUGAUGCCCUGUACACAGCCAAUGAAAUGAUCAAUAUUAUUCAGAAAGAAGAAUUUUCCAGAGACAGCUAUGCAAGUGCCAAAGAAUUGAGUACAAAAUUUUUCUCUCAACACAAUGGGGAAAGUCAACAUACAAUCAUAGCCAUUGGCAAUUGUCAUAUUGAUUGUGCGUGGCUUUGGCCUUAUGAAGAAACAGUACGCAAAUGUGCCAGAAGUUGGUCUUCAGUAGUUUGUUUGAUGGAAAGAUAUCCAAAUUUUCGAUUUGCUUGCUCUCAGGCUCAGCAGUUCAUGUGGGUUAAAGAAAAUUAUCCUGCGCUAUAUGAAAAAGUGAAAUAUUUUGUUGCAAAAGGCCAAUUCAUUCCAGUAGGUGGUACCUGGGUUGAAAUGGAUGGAAAUUUACCUGGAGGAGAAUCAUUUGUUCGUCAGUUCCUGUAUGGUCAACGCUUUUUUCAACAAGAGUUCUGCAAGCGAUGUAAAGAAUUUUGGCUCCCUGACACUUUUGGAUACUCUGCUCAGCUACCACAAAUAAUGAGGUUAUGCGGAAUUGAAAGGUUUCUGACUACCAAGUUGAGCUGGAGUCUUGUAAAUACUUUCCCACAUGACAAUUUUCUGUGGGAAGGAUUAGAUGGAUCAACUGUUCUUGCUCAUUUUCCUCCUGCAAAGUCUUAUACUUCUUCUGUGUGUGUAGAGGAAGUUGUGAAAGCAGUUGAAAAUCUUCAGGAUAAAGGUCGUGUCUCCUGCAGCAUGAUGCUAUAUGGCCAUGGAGAUGGUGGGGGUGGUCCUACAGAAGAGAUGCUAGAAAGAAUACAGAGGCUUCAUAAUGUAGAUGGGCUUCCAAAAGUCCAACAUGGAUCUCCAGAUAAUUUUUUUAGUGUUAUUGAAGAAAAACACAUAAAUAAUUUAUGUAAAUGGUCUGGUGAACUGUAUUUAGAACUGCAUAAUGCCACUUACACCACUCAGGCAAAAAUGAAAUUUUUAAACCGACAGUGUGAAAUACUUUUGAGGGAUACAGAAUUGUUGCAUAGUGUCUUAUUAGCUGCUUGUAGAGAUGAAGAUAAGAAAGCAUAUCCAGAAUUAGAGCUUGAGAGAUUGUGGAAAAUAAUGCUUUUAAACCAGUUUCAUGAUGUCUUGCCAGGUUCUUCCAUUGAAGAUGUGCAUAAAGAGGCUACUUUCUAUUAUAAGGAAGUAUUAAAAGGAGCAGCUGGUUUAAUGGAUACUGCUGUUCGUUGUUUGUUUGGUGUACCAGAAGGCAGAGGAGAAGAAGAAGAACUUGUCUUAGUCAAUGUUUUAUCUUGGCAAAGAACUGAGCUUAUUCGUGUGCCUUGGUAUAAAGAUGAAAUAUCAAGGCGUAUGUGGAUUGAAGGUGUAGGAAAAGCUAUGCAAAAUAUGAGUAAUGAAUCCGGUGGUGGAACUCUUGUACCUGUUGUUGUAGUACCCAUGGGGUAUCAACUUCUUCGGGGAUUAUCUGCUGUCAAAGCAUCUGUUCUUUUAGAACAAAAAAAAGAUGGAACCUUCUUUUUAAAGAAUCAGUUUUUAGAAGCUACUGUAAAUCAAGAAGGAUGUCUGUCUUCACUUAUCUUAUUAGAGUGCCAUAAAGAAGCAAUUGCCGCUGGAUGUUUGGGAAACAGGUUUUUAAUUUUUGAUGAUGUGCCACUCUAUUGGGAUGCUUGGGAUGUAAUGGAUUAUCAUUUGGAAACUGGAAGAAGUGCAAUUAAAGAGAUUGUUGAACCCUUAAAAAUUACUGAACAAGGCCCCUUGAGAGCAUCUCUAACGUUCAGAGUCAAGAUUGGGGCCAAUAGUGAAAUGAAACAAAAGAUUUCAAUCGAUGCAGUUCAUCCAUAUUUGUUAUUUGAAAGCACAAUUUGUUGGGAAGAAAGCCAUAAAUUCCUAAAGGUAGAAUUUCCAGUAAAUGUCUUAGCUCAGCAAGCUACAUAUGAAAUUCAGUUUGGCAAUAUACAGAGACCUACUCAUUGUAAUACAUCGUGGGAUUGGGCAAAAUAUGAAGUAUGUGGCCACAAGUGGGCUGAUAUAUCAGAAUAUGACUGGGGUGUUGCUCUUCUUAAUAAAAGCAAAUAUGGUCAUUCUGUGCGAGGCAAUAGAAUAUAUCUGUCAUUACUUCGUUCACCAAAAUGUCCUGAUCCUAAAACUGAUAUGGGCAAGCAUAUCAUAACAUAUGCUAUAAUGCCUCACUGUAAAACAUUUCAACAAGCUGGUGUUAUACAACAAGCAUAUCAAUUGAACUAUCCUCUUCACAUUUUCCCAACAAGUCAUCUGGCAAAACCAGGAGCUAGUCACUAUGUAACAAAUGCACAUCGUGUGUUGCCUUUGGAGAUGCACGAGUCUUUAAGCUGGUUUCAGGUCAGUGAUCCUGCAAUUGUGAUAGAAACUGUAAAAAAGGCUGAAGAUCGGGAUGAUUGUCUGGUAGUAAGAAUGUAUGAAUCUUUUGGUGGUCGUGUGCAUGUAGUGUUAAGAAGUUGUCUUCCUAUUCACAAAGCAGUAUUAUGCAAUGCUUUGGAGGAUGUUGUGGAAUCAUCUGCACAGAAGGUUAAAUGGAAAGGAAAUAAUUUAGAACUUAGUUUUCUGCCCUAUCAGAUAAUAUCAGUUUUAUUAUAUGUUGAAGUUUAGGUAGAUUAUUAUUAUAUCAAAAAAAGACGCAUUUUGAUACAUUAUUUUGGUAUACUUGUUAAGUAUUAUAAUGAUACAUUAUUAUAUGCAUCUGUAAAUGCAUUUUCUCUUCUGUAAAUUAGAAAUUUGUAUAUCUUUUUAUAAAUUAGAUGUAAAUUAUUUAUUUUUUUUAGAAUCAAGCUGUGAAUUGCAUUUUGAAGCGAAUUUUGCAUUGCUCUAAUUUUUUUUAAACAUGUAAUUUGGUAUUUCCAAAUUUGAAAAAAAAGAGAAAGAAAAAGAAAAAAAAAAUUAUGAUGACAAUUUGAUCUUGCUGAAUAAGAAAAUUUUAUCAGAAGAAAAAUUUUAAAUGUUUAAAUGAUGCUUUUCUUAUCUAGAAAGUCAUGUUUUAUAAUUGAUUAUUUAUCUAAGAGUAAAUGAAUAUAAAUUUAAGGAAAUAAUUUAGCAUUUAAGGUCUUGCUGGGGUUUCAAUACAUGUUAAUUUUGGCAUUACUUAGGUAUGAUUUUUAUAGUGUGACUUGGAUGAUAGCUUUGGAAUAAAAACAUUCUUCUUAAUUUUUUUAACAACCUGUAUUUUCAUGUGAAUAUUUGUAUAUUGAGAUUUAUUCAAAACUAACUAAAAACCAUAAAAAAGUUUAAACUUUCUUUUUAGACACACUAUUAAUGGAAUUUACAAUAUUACCUUCUAGAGUCUUAAUACUAUUUAACAUGUACAAAUUUUUAUUAAUGUCACAUGAUAUUUUUAAUUAAAUGUGCUUUCUGUCUUCAUUUAAUUAGUAUUUAUAACUGAAGGCACU